GAACGUGAGUUUUGCAGUUUGAUGGUUAAAUGCGUGCGUGAAGGUUGGAGUGAAGAUUUUGAGCCGAAUUCGAAUCCUAGUCCCCGCCGCAAUAAGUGGGUCAGAAUUGGAGCCGUUCGAUUGGGCCAAACAAAAAGCUGGGCGCCACCGCAGACUGCAGCUAAAACACGCCGCCAAAGUAAUUGGAAGAAGAAGCAGGCGCACAAUAGGAAUAAUUGUUCAUGGAUUUUUUCGAUUUCUCGUUCGCUUGCAGAAGGAAAAGUGCACGAGGGUGGAACCAAGGGUAAAUAAGAUUCGCCCGAAAACGCUUGGAAAAUGUAAACAAUCUGUAAGCACAGCGACGAUAAGCGAUUUUCAAAGAGUUUGCCAGCUUUUUACAUCGAUCAAACACUCGCAUAAUAAACGAAUAAGAACUGACGAUUAAAUCGAAUUGAAGUGGAGUGACGACUAUGGGAUACCCUAGGACCGCGUAGAGUGAAUGAAUUUGACAACGGAAAAGCGCCACUCCAUUGACUGCUGCCUUGUGCUAUAGAAACGUGAUCUCACCACUCUUAUGAUGGAACUUUUGUCAAACAAUUCGGUUCCGCAACAAAUGGCCAGCAGCAAUGCGCCGAGCGCCAACAAUGUGGCCCACUCCUCAACGGCCAACGGAAGUGGAGGCGGCAGUGUGAGCAGCAAUGCCAGCAACUCCUCCGAGCGACUGCUGGCGGGCAUCCUGGAGAGCUUUCCCGCCUGGGACCUCAACGUGGGACUACUGCCCAACGUGGGCCAGAGCUCACCACCACGCGCAGACUUCUUUAUCAAUAACUUCCUGGGCGGCCUGGACACGCAUGGCGACUUCAGCAUUGGACCCAUUGGCAGCGGUGCCCGCAGCAAUCCGAAGAUGUCGCCAGAGUCAUCUAACAACUCGAGCAUCAGCUGCGGUUGGUGCGAGGUUAGUGCUUCAAUACGCUGCCUGGAGUGCAACGAGUUCAUGUGCAACGACUGCCUAAGGGAGCAUCGCAACAGUCCGCUGUCCUCCAACCACUCGAUCGUGUCCUUGCCCACGCCCAUUGGAGCCUCGCCCACGGGUGGCAGCUCGGUAAAUGCACAGACUCCGCCCAGCGGCAACUUUAUCUGCGACAUACACAACGAGAUGUUGCGCUACGUAUGUGACUACUGCCGGAAAUUGGUGUGUCAGUGCUGCACACUGCACGAGCACAAGGAGCACAGCUACGCGUCCAUCCAAAGCUUUAUGGUGGGCUCGAAGGAGAAGCUGGAGGGCGCCAUUGAGAGCAGCCAGGUGGGCACGCGCUGCAUUAAGAGCAGCAUUGACAAAGCGUUGGCCUUCAUCCGGCUUAUCGAGCGCAAUUGCAGCGAGCUGAGCGAUAAUAUACGCAAGGCAUUCCGUCAGUUUAUCAUUGCCAUCGAGGACCGCGAGCGUUUCCUCCUGGACUUUGUGGAAAAGCUCCGCCAGCGUCGUCUGGCCAUCCUACACGAUCAGAUGGCAGGCUUAAAGUCUGCUCUCGCCGGACUCUCCGAAACGUCCGAUAUGCUUAGCAAGGUGGCGGACAAUGCCUGCAACAUGGACCAGAUUGAAAUUGCCAUGAAGUUGACCAAUGGGCAGAGGCAGAUGGAGCAGUUUGCGGGCAUAUAUAAGGACCUGCAGCCAAAACAGGAAGUCUUUGCCUUCGCACCACCAGAUUACAGCCUGCUACAGGAUAUCCGCAACCAGGGUGGCGUUAUCCUGGUGGACGACAAGAACUUGCCCAUCGUCUCUAGCAGCAACGGAAUUGUGCCGAGCGUCUCCAGUGUUAAUGCCGUGGCCGCGGCCUCCGUGGGAGUUGUGGGAGGCGUUGCUGGAGUAGUCGGAGGCGUUGGCGUGUCAAACGGCCUGGACUUGGCCUUCGGCAUGAACAUGCCCAACAAUCCGCUGAGUGUUGCUUCCUCAAGUGUGCGACGUCCCCUGUUGCGAGACAAUAGCUUCCGGAUUCCAUCGCCCAUAAUGCAACCACGCGGAGGAAGUGCCUGUGGGAUGUCCAGUGGGAUGUCCAGCGCUGCUCUUGAUUGGGAACUCAAUGGACUGCGCAGCUCGCCAGGAUUACACUUCAGUGCGCCGCGAACCACGCAGGCCAUUCCGGGAUGCAUGGAUCUGGUCAAGGUGCGUAACUCGAAUGCUCUCUCGCUAUCCUUCGCCACCGAGGGCCACGAGGACGGACAGGUGAGCCGGCCAUGGGGUCUAUGCGUUGAUAAAAUGGGCCACGUUCUCGUAUCGGAUCGCCGCAACAAUCGCGUCCAGGUCUUCAAUCCCGAUGGCUCCCUAAAGUUCAAAUUCGGCCGUAAAGGCGUGGGCAAUGGAGAGUUCGAUCUGCCUGCUGGAAUCUGUGUUGACGUUGAUAAUCGCAUUAUUGUGGUCGACAAGGACAAUCACCGUGUGCAAAUCUUUACCGCCAGCGGCGUCUUCCUGCUCAAGUUCGGCAGCUACGGCAAGGAGUACGGCCAGUUCCAGUAUCCGUGGGAUGUGGCCGUGAACUCGCGCCGCCAAAUUGUGGUUACCGACUCGCGCAAUCAUCGCAUCCAGCAGUUCGACUCUGAGGGUCGCUUCAUCCGCCAGAUAGUGUUCGACAACCAUGGGCAAACCAAAGGAAUCGCCUCGCCACGAGGCGUUUGCUACACGCCGACGGGCAACAUCAUAGUGUCUGACUUUGACAACCACUGCCUCUACCUGAUUGAUCCAGACAUCAACGACAUUCUUUCCGUGAAGGGACAUGAGGGCUCGGGCUUCCAUGAAUUUAAUCGACCCUCCGGCCUGUGCUGUGACGACGAGGGCCGCAUUAUAGUGGCCGAUUCAAAGAAUCAACGCAUCCUGGUCUUCAAUCAGAACCUGGACUUUAUGUGGGAUAUCGAGGUGCGACCCUCCAUCAAUCCCUUGAUGCCGCCCACGCUGGACGAGAAAGAUCGCACUUGCGAUGUGGCCAUAAUGCCAGACGGUCGCAUUGUGUUCCUCAUUGAACUGUCGCCAGACUCCAAGGAAGGGUCAAACCCUUACAAGCGGUUUGUGCACGUAUUCUAAAUAAGGCCACGAGUGCCGAUCUUUUUUUUUAGACCAUUUACAAGAGCGAAACCUUAGCGUAGAGUUUCAAAUAACAUGACGAUUAUGAGGAGGUGCCGAAACCGAUUUAAUAAGAAAAAAUCUGAAAUCAUGAAAGUUAGCGAAAAUUUUUAGCUUAAGUGCUACAACGAUUACCUCGAUAUUGCUUAAGAGUUAUGGUUACGAUUUGGUAAUUUACAAUACAAUACGAAUUACACAUAUGUAUCUAUGGAUAUCUAUAUCUAUACGCAUAUGCAUAUAUCUAGCGAAUAUACAAGCCCAACCAACUAGAACUAUAACUAAAACAAAAACAAAAAACAAAAACUAAAGCGAAAGGCAGGCGGUUGAGUAGGAUUUAGGAGAUAUAUAUAAACGUAGGGUCCGUGAGCAUUCAGUAGAGUUACCGAACCUAGUAAAAGAUAAUGCAAAGAGGGAACUCAACCAUUUACUAGAUGAAAAUAUUAUUACCUGUUAGUUAGACUGAAAGGCAGUUUGCUAGCUGAUAGAAGGAGGUACGAACCAGGUCAGGUGGCGAUUGUGUUUUUUUUUACGGGUUUGCUUAGCGGAAUGAGGAAACUACAUUCGACAAGAGUUACUAAACAUGAUUUGCAGAAACACUGUAUGGUAUGGUAUUAAUGUUUGUAUUAUAUUUAUAGUUCGUUUGUUCAGUUCUGUUUUUCGUUUAUUUUAAAAUUACUUUUUUUUUGGGACAUACAUAUGUAUUUUAAUGAUUUCCUUAUAAUUGAGACUGAGCAUUUGACAACACGAACUUUGCGUGUACGGAAGCAAAGCGAAACAAAACAAAGAAACAAACAAAAAACAAGAAAAUAUUGAUGGAACCCGCUGACUUUUCGUUGAACUUUAUACAAAGACUGAUUAACUAAACCGCAAUUUCGGAGCCAACUAAAGAACCAUAUAUGGUGAGGCCAAAAUAAGUGAAAGAGCAACACACUCAAAUUGCAAUGACAUUGAUAACGUAAAGUAACUUAACAUAGCUUAACAUACAUACUUUCGCGCAUAUAGAGCGAUACAGAUAUCAUAUAGAUCCGAUCAUCCAGUCACGAAUCAUCAUGGGCAUAGCUGAAACCGAGUUUAACUGACAUUCAUCGACAUAUUUACCCAUCCAUCCAUCCAUCCAUCCACUCACUCAUACCGAUCAUGCAUCACAGGGCUUUGUUUUUCGUUUGUCGUUACUUUGUAAUUAUUGUGAAAGGAUUUAGCCACAGGAUACAGAUUCACGGCAGGUUGAAAGGAGGAGGAGGAGGAGGGAGGGGUUAGCUAAAAUUAGUGGGACAUUUUGGGAAGUAAACGAAACAGACCUGAAACAAAAUAACGAAGAAGUUAUAAUUUUUGACUCAAUGUGUUCAUUAGCAUUUAGUAGACUUAGCGGGCGUGGCAUAGUGAAAACGUAUGGAAAAUCCAGAGCAAUAUAAGGGCGUAUUGAAUACACAUUUAGGUGACAUGUUCCUCGCAAAAGAAACAAAUAAAACAAAACAAAAGAAAACAAUACGAUGAAACUUAAUGAAGUCAUGGACAACGCAUGAAUUAGCUGAAUUAUCUGUCUAGAUGUGGGGCGUUUUUAAUAGCAAAUGUAUACACAUGCACACACACACACACGCGUAGAGCCGCCGACUAGGAUCGAUUGUGUAGGCGUAGAGACCAGGCGUGGAUUGUGAAAUGUAUUAGCCAACUUAGUUACUUAUGUAGUUUACGUUAUGUUCUUACUGUUUUGAGACGUUCUAUUCUUUGUCCUUGUGUUCAAACCCGACUUCAACGGAUCGACGGAGAUGAUGAUACAUACAUAGCUAACACUCCUUCCACGAAUAAAGCAAGAUUGCAUUAAAUGCGCAAAACAAACAAAAACCAUAAAAUCUAAAAACUUAAAUCGAAAAUCUUAAAUCUAAAUCACUAAACUAACCUUAAAAAAGAUGCAAAAAUGCCGACGGCUCUACGAGAGCGGGGUGGCAACAAAAAACAUAUACAAUAUUUAUAUACACGUAAUAUACACCAGAAGAAGGCAGAAGGCAAGAGGGGGCAAGAAGCCACAUAUUAGAGCUACAUAUAUAGAGUAGAUAUCGUAAUUAUUUUACACCUUAGUUUAGCCAACACCACCGGGACAGAGAUCCCGGGGACCCACACGAUCGCCAUAAUAUACUCGUAACCUCAUUUUAUCCAAUCGUACACCUUGAAGCGCCGUUCAUUUCUUGUGAUCCAGAUCGAAUCAUUCAAAACACUACUCGCACACAAAGCGCAUGCACGCAGAGCAUCCCCAAAAAAAUCGCAUGUACUCAUAUAUAUAUAUCAUAUAUAUAUCGCAUCGUAUCGGGCCUAGCGACAUCUGAGAAAAUGCCAUAUUUUAUAUUUGUGUGAGAUUUACUAAAACCAAUACUAAAGAACUAAUACUUAUAUCAUUACAAAUGAGCGCCGUUUUCUAAAAGCCACAGUUUAGAAAUUGUGUAAAAAAUAAAACAAAACAAAACAAACAAAAAAAAAACACACGUGAGAAAAAGAAACAAAAAACAUUAACUACAAGCGAAAUGAAGAAAUAGGGAGGAGACAAUUAAAGAGAUUUAAGCGAAUACCGAAUGCCAUAAUUCAAAAUAAAAAGCAUUUAAACGUAACGUAUAUAUCUAUAGGAUAAUGAGUAUGUUAGACACAACCAAUUACUACAAGUCAUGAGGAUACUGAACAAUUUGCCAAAGGCUAAGAAUCAAAAGGAGAAACCAAUAACUUACAUAACCACUACACUCAAAUACACACAUUCAAACGACAGAUAGUUAAAUAACUUUUACAAAAUACAUACCAAAAAUACUUAAUUAAAUGCAAGCAGGUAUUUUUUCAAAUAAACCGAAUAUUCCAAAAACACGUUGCCCAAAUACACCUACGAUUAAUUCUAAAGCAAACAAAAUGCUCAUAUACACGUAGCUACUAAUGUAAUAAAAAGAACACUAAACGAAUCCAAAACUUAAAUCAGGUAUUCACAUUUUUUUCGUAUUACUUAGACUAAGAUAAAGCGAGUCGGCGAGCCGCCAGCCUGACUAAAUGACUAAAAUCAUCGUGAGAUGAUUUCAAAGAUUUUUCAAAGAUAUAAGGAGGAUGUAAGGAGGAGCGAGCGUUGCAAGACCCACAUAUGUAACUAUUUACUAAGCCACGUUUUAUAACAAACAUAACAACAAAUCGAUCGACGAUGCUAAAGCAAACGGAAUGAACUCUUAUCAAAAUACAAUUUUGAGUAAUACUUUUAAAACGACAAAUGCAAAAAACAAAAAAAAAAAAAAAAAAAAAAAAAAAGCAAUUCUCGGCCAGAGCAGAGAAACGAUUUCACUACCAACUAAAAAGAUCUUUAAAAUUACGUACUAUGCAUACAUACACAUAUAUAUUUUGACGCGAUCAUUUAGCCAUUAAGUUUCUAAGAGAACAACACCCACGAUUAUAACUAAAUUUGAAAGCAUUUCUCAUUUGGAAAUUAUGAACAUAAACAUACGCAUACGCAACGCAUAAGCAUACAUACAUACAUACAUAAAUACACGUACAUAACAUAUGUAAUAAUUAUGGAGCAAUUGAGUACAAAACGAGUACAAAUUUAAAUUAUAAGCCAGAUCGGAGGACACACACGGACACACACCGCUUAAGUUAAACCAUACACGGAGCAGUUGAAAUAUUGAUAGGCCAGCUACUGGUUUCGCAUAGCAAGUACAGCAUGUACUCAUAUAUUCAUAUUCAUAUUCAUAUUCAUAUUCGAGCGGAGGACUGGACUCAGCGAAAUAGCCAGCAUACUAACCACACAUAUAAGCAUAGUCGCAGUACAUACAUACAUACAUAGUUACUUAACAUAGACUAGCCUAGACUAGCCCGCAAAACUAUACAUCUACAUAUAUAUCUAGGGCAAAUGAUUACCAAAUUACAAAUUACCAAAAUCCCUCCUAGCCCGCUAAUCUAAAUCUCAUCUAGUUUGAUUUGCUCUCGAUAGAUAGGCGAGAUCGCGUUUGGCACACCCAAAAAGCAUCUCAAGCAUUUUCACCCACUCAGCAUUCUGCAUUCUGCAAUCUGCAAUCUGCAUUCAGCAGUAUUCAGCAUUCAGCAUCAGCGUACAUACAUUCAUAUGUAGGGGCGUGCGGGUACUAGGUACACCCACCAGUAAGCAGCUAUUAAGUCCGAGUAAGGCGAUAAAUCGAAGUCUAGGAAAUCUACCAAAUCAAGCGACGGAUUCAAUAACGAGUUGCAGUUUAAAAUUGUAAUUGUGUAGUAGUGGAAAGCGAGGAGGAGGUCAGAAACAAGCGCGGACCACGGGUGCGCCACCACCUGGUGGCUGCGUGGUCUGGCACUUUUCUAUAUACAUGCAUACACAUACAUAUUUAUAUACCCGAAUAUAUAUAUAUAUAUAUAUACAAGCGUACAUAGGUGUGGACUUGACGAGACAAGAGUAAGAGUAUAUUUUAUACGAUAAACAAAUUUUAUAACAUAUUUAAUAAUAAAUUAUACACUAAUAAUUGUGGACACUGCUCUGCGUUUUUUUCUAUCUC